UUAUCCUGCGACCAGACAAGUAAAAUCGCAUUCUCUUCUCGACAUGUUUGAACAGUGUCUCAGAUUUUUGACAAGUGCGUUUGUUCUUUUGUUAUAAGUUGGGAUAAACAUUGCGUUGCUUGUGGGAUAAAUCUUUGCCAAUUUGGUUCCCGACUUGUAGUUUAAAAUGAACAAAAUGUCUAUUCGAGAAAACAAGGAAAUUUUCGUAAGACUAAAGCAACAAAGCUGUCAAUGUUAAUGCGUACCAGAGAAGGAGCAAGAACGUUUUUGACACAGCAUGGACCGUUCUCGCCACAUGUGGCGUCUCGGACGCGAAUUGAUCUCGUUGUAUAUAUAUACAAAAAGGAUCUGCAUUUUUAAAUACUACUUAAAAAUACUGAUUAGGAUGGCAAUCAUGCCGCAUACUAGGGCAAAAACUGAGCUACUCAUGUGGCGUCUCGGACGCGAAUUGAUCUCGUUGUAUAUAUAUACAAAAAGGAUCUGCAUUUUUAAAUACUACUUAAAAAUACUGAUUAGGAUGGCAAUCAUGCCGCAUACUAGGGCAAAAACUGAGCUACGACACGGGAGGCCGAAUCUCUUGCAGUCUGUUAUAAACACGGCUAAACAGUUGGGAAAGUGCAAUCAUCUUUCGUCUUGAUGUGGAAGAAAACGCUAACUAGACAAACAAGAUCGACACGUGCCAUGUGUCUUGCUUGACAUAGCCCGUUUUCAUUUGACACACCGCGUGUAGCCUGACGAAACGUCACUUGCAGUGCGGAGCAAGGAGAGGUGACUUUUUUCACAGGCAUGAUUUCUCGUUUUUUUUUCCAUUUUUAGUAGAUAAAAGAAAACAAGACAAUACUUUGAUUUGGAGUCUUGUAACUAGUACAUAAACGUUGAAAUUAUUUUAAAAUUACAACAUACAGUUAUAUCAUUAUCAAUAAUAAUAUUUUAUUAUAAUAUUUUAUUUUCAUAUAUAUUUUUAACCCGCCACCCGUCACCCGUCACCCGCUACCCCUCACCCGCCACCCGCUACCCGUCACCCGCUACCCGUCACCCGCCACCCGCGGAAAAGUCCUGCCGUCAUUGGUCUGGGUGGGUGAGAUGAUAUCAUGCAUGGAGUGAAGGGGCAGCAUAGUACAUGCUGACGUCCGAUCUCACCUCUCUGGUUCCUCUGCAUUUAGCCACGGGCUGCGAUUUGGCCGCCGCCCGGUUAGCUCAAUUGGAUAAACGCCGGUCCGAACCCCGGCCGGACCAACACUCAGGGUCUUUAAAUAAGUGAGAAGAAAGUGCUACCUUUGUAAAGACAUCUGCAAACGGUAGGCCCCGUCCCACAACCCUUGCACAUUUAAAUUCUGUGGGACGUUAAAAGAACCCACGCACUGUCCGGAAAGAGUAGGGGACAUAGUUCCCGGCUUGUGGUAUCUCUCCCUUUGAAGGGGAAGAGGGGGCGGGGGCACUGUUAUGGGCCCCAGUAAAUGGCUCCACGCGCUGUUGCGGAAACCCUGCCAAGAACUGGCGAACUAAAGUAAAUAAUUAAGCUGACACCGUCUACGCUUCUUUUUCAUUCUACCCUUUCAAGUUGAAGAUGUAAAAACUGAGCUGUUUGCCUGUCACGCUGAAUCUUGUCCUCUUCCGAAAUUCUGCCGCUCAAUUAUUCAAUAUGUAAUAAGCAUACAACGUGAAGACCCAUUUAUUUUUCUGUUCAGUCUACAGCUAACAAUCGAUAAUGAAGCUCUAAUUUAUUGGCAGCUUGCGAAAUACAGCCAUCUCUCUUCGCUCGUCGUCACUAGGGACGUUUCGAGGGAGAGACAUCUGCAAUUCGGCCCCCAAAAUUCCUACCCUGCAUGGGGUUUGCAUUUGAUGGUUGUUACUUCUUCUCUUUUAUCUGUCAUUCUUAAGCAACAAAUAAAAUUACUAAGUCGACCAAUCAGCGCUCGUUAAUCACAUUCCGGACAUUAUUGACUAUUUGAGGCCGAAUCGCAGUCGUCUUCUCUCGCGAAGCGUCUCCAGCGGCGGGGAGCGAGGCGAGAGGGCUGUAUUGGCAGGCUAAUUUAUUACCAGACGUAGUUAAUCGAUAAACCACAAUCGAUGUUAAUCGAUAGUAAUCGAUAUCAAUCAUCAAUGAAUAUCGAUUUCCGACAUCGAUCGAUAGAAAUCGAUAAAGAAAAAAGUUGUGACUUCGAUUAAUAUGGAUGAUUUUCCGAUAGAAAUCGAUGAUUUUUUAUCGAUUACUAUCGAUUCCUAUCUAUUGUUAUCGAUUUUUUUUUUGUUCUGUGACUUCGAUUUUUAUCGAUUUCCGAUAUCAAUCGAUAUUAUCGGUGGAUUAGGUCGAUUAAUAUCGAUGAUUUCGAUUGAUUUCCGUGAUCGAUUUUUAUUGAUUAACUACGUCUGGUUUAUUAGAAACGCUUGAAUUUGGAGUAUUACUAUUAUAACAAACGGCUCCCUUUUUCCUAUCAGGCAUUUUUCAAAGGCAAGCUUAAGAUCAAAGGCAACAUGGGUCUGGCAAUGAAACUGAGAGAAAUUCAACCUAAGGCUGGAAAGUCCAAGCUGUAG